UCAAAUUUUUUCUGGAUUUCUCGCAUACUAAAUUCCACUGCUUAAAUUGUCAUUCCUCACAUCUAAACCCGAAAAUCUGAAAUUAGAGCAUCUUCAGACUUGACCUGUCGAUAUUUUUUGAGCCGAGAAACGGAAGAGCCAAAUUCUGAGCUAUGUAUUCCUUUGAUUGAUUGGUCUCUCCUUAUCUAAAAUUGAGCUACCGCUUGACAAAAAAUUGUUAUCUGGAAGAGGAUUGCAAGUGACACACACACACACACACUCACACACACACACAUACGGGACGUUUUUCCAAGGUGUGGGAGUUGAGAGUGUGUGACGACAUGCGACUUUGCCACUAGCAGAAGGUAUCCAGCCAGCGUGAGUGGUACACGUCCCGAAAGACGGAGCCGAUUUUGUAUUUCGCGCGGUUUGCUGAAAGUGAGCGAGCAAAGUGUUACAGGAAUUCUCCAAGCCAAUACAACAAAAAGAAAGAAAAAAAAAUACAGUGCAGUUGGACUCGUUUUUCUUGUUUGUGACAAGAAAACAGGUAAACACAAGCGAGGCUGGAGGCACUUUCGCACGAGUCGAUCGGUUCCUCUGAAUGUUGGAAUCGGCGCCCGAUUGAGAAUACGGAUUGAAAAUGUGGUUUCUAAUUUUCGCGCUCGUCUGUGGAUUUUCGUCGUGCGAGCGGCACCAGGAACCGGAAGCAAUCCAAUGGCCGGGACCGAUUUCAAGGAGAGAGGAGAGUUCAGUUCUCAGCAAUUCGUGUGAUCUUGUGAAGUCGCUGGAGAUCGCCAGGCGACUAAAUACAUUGGAAUCAAUCGAUGACUACUUGAAUAUCUUGCAAGGAGCUCCAAGCGGCCUAUCAAGCAGUAGGUCAGGAGGAAUAGUGAAGAGGUAUGCAGUAAUAAAAGCUACGCCUGCAUUAUGUAUGCCAGAAAAUCAAACUGUUCCCGUUGUGGAGGAUCCCGAUCCCUCAAUCAUUUACUUGCCAAAAUGCACAAGAGUAAAAAGAUGUGGAGGGUGUUGCCUUCACCAAUUGCUUUCUUGUCAGCCGACGGAAACAAGAAGCAUCAGCAUGGAAAUUUACACAUCAUCUGUAGAAGAUACCAGUUUUAAAUUCGCAGAAAAAAAAGUUGUCCAAAUAGAGGAACACGUAAAGUGCAGAUGCCUUUGUACAAUUAAAGCAAGUCAUUGCACCGAGAAACAGGAUUACUUGGAGGAUGAGUGCAGAUGUCAGUGUAGGAAUCUUGAUGAGAAAGAAAAAUGCCAAGCGAGUGAUGUCAGGAAGGCGUGGAAUCCGGAACUUUGCGCUUGCCAAUGUCAGGAAGUUACAACAUGUUCCUCAAGAUUCUUCUUUGAUCAAAACACUUGCAGCUGCAGGGAAUUGACAGUGACACAAUGGCUGAUUGACGACAGAACCGGUUACAACUUUCGUUCAACCAGUGGAAACUUGCGAGACAGAUCACCACUGAUUGUGCCUCUGAAUUCGUACGAUCCGAGAAAAAGACCUCAGCCAGAUCCUCGAUUUAAUUAAGAAAUUCGGAAAAAAAAAUUUUAAACAACAAAAAACCCAAUGUUAAUCGGUUAGCCAAUUUUGAGCGAAAACUGAAAAAACUAUUGGAAACUGGAGAUUAUAAAGGCUGGGAAAGCUUGAACUGAGCAGCAAGGGCGAAUCUGGGAUUUUUUUUGCAGUUUUUUUUUAAAGGGGGUGAUUGUGAAUUUUUUUGGACGAAUUUAUGUGAAAGGGGGUGGUUAAGAAAGUUUGUUAUAAAUGGAUAUAAUGAAGCGAUAAAUUCAAGUUUUAUUAUAUAUUUCAAUUAUAAUGUUUACAUUUAUUAAA